ACAAACCGUUUGUUUUCAAUUCCACAAUAUCUGUUUUUAUUCUAUCAGCAAAGAAAAGACUAAAAAGUCGCGUAGAGACACGCGAACCAAGGCGAUAAGAAACGCGAUAAAAUUUCUGAUUCCCUCUUUUGGGUUUUUGGCUACUCAACCUAAUCUUUAAUCCUUUGUUAUCGAUUAAGCUGAGUGUUGUUUAUCUCAAUCGAUUCUCUUGGAGGUGUAGAAGACUUGAUCAAGUACUAUUCUGGUGAUCUGAGUUGGAGUCUGCUCAAGUUUUGCAGUUUUCUGGGUUGGAUAAAGAAGUUUUUGUCAAGAUAUAUUUUGGGGUUUAAAGAAAAGUUUUCGGUGGAUCCUGAGAAUCAAAGGAUCUUAAUUAUGGAGCCUUCUCUGGAUAAGGCGAUGCUUGGUAUGACUCUGGAAGAGGAUGAAGAGCCUUAUACCAUUCCUGACCGUCCAGAGUUCUAUUCUACGGAGAGAAAUAUUUUGAGUUUGGUGGGACGUCUUCUCAACCCUCAUUGUCAAGGUAUGAAGGAUCUGAUCCUAGACAUGCCAAGGAAGUGGCAACUAUAUGACAGGGUUAGAGGAGUAGCCCUUUCUAAAGACAGGUUUCAGUUUAUCUUCAAGUAUGAACAUGACUUGAUAGAUAUUUUGAACAGAGGAGUUCACACUUCUAACCAGUGGUCGCUAGCGAUGGAAAGAUGGGUCGAGAGACCUCCGCCUGAUUUCUUGCAGUUCAUUGAGGUCUGGGUCCAAAUGAGGAACAUACCGGUUAACCACUAUACGAAGGCGGCGCUUACUGACCUUGCAGAGUUUGCUGGUCAAGUCAUCGAAGUUGCUUUCGAUCCAAACAAACCGCAGACCAAUGAUUAUAUAAGAGCUAAAGUCAAGUUUGAUGUCUCCAAGCCUCUCAGACGGUUUAAAACUGUUAAUGUUCCUGGUGGGGAGGUUGUGAAAAUCUUGUAUGAUUAUGAGAGACUUCAAAAGAGAUGCUACACUUGCCAAAGAUUGACGCAUGAACAGAGUUCCUGCCAUUUCUUCCAAGCUGCCAAGGCUGCUGCUUUGCUCAAAGAAAAAGGUUCAGUUUGUCUUCAGAAGCCUUUGAUUGAGAAAACUAUUAGAGAGGAUGAUCCUCUGUUUGGAGUGGUUCUGGAAUCUCAAGUUGGUAUUAAUCCUCAGAAUGGAAAGCCAAAAAUUGCGGAGGAAGUGUUAGAAGGAAUGAGACAGUACUUGGUGGAUGCUGAAGGAGCUGAGAAAAUGGCAAGAAAAGAAAGAAUCAAGUGGUCCCUAAAAGAAGUGGAGCAGGAUCCGAUCGCUCAGAAAAGCUUUCUCAGGCUUGAACCGGCUCCUAUCUUCACCUCUGACCUUGACAAGGGCAAAGGCAUUGUUUUUGAUUUCCAGAGCCAAAAAGAACUCCCAAAAGAUGUGAUUUCUCAUGGAGGAAGUAAGCUUAUGGCCUCUGCCAUUAGAGUUGGUAAUGCGAUGUCUUUGGAACCUAGAAACAUGGGUAUGAUGUCUGAUACUGCUGCCUUUUCUGAUUCUGCUACUGGUAGUUGGAAUCCUAGAGGUCCUACGGGUUAUAACAUUGGCAUCUCUGAUGCUUGUUCUUCCGGGACCAAAGGGAGGAAAACUUACCAAAGGAGGAGACCGGGUUCUUUUGUCAGAAAGGCUAGGGGAAAAUAUUUUAAGGCUGAAGCUUCUAGAGAAGGGAAGAUGAAAGAUAAAGCUCCAGCCGUUGCAGAGAAAAGGAAAAGUUCGAAUGAUGUGGAGACAUCUCAAUACUCACCAAGGUCUAAGAAACCAGCGGUGGUCCCAAAUGAGGGACCGCCCAAUCUCUGAAAUGGC